AUGCGUUGGGAAGCAUUCUAUCCAAUAUUUAAUAAGUUAAAAGAAAAGGUCAUUCAGUGGUGCACCCACCACAAGGAUGACCCUCCUCCUCCUGAAGACGAUGAGAACAAAGAAAAGCGAACAGAUGAUAUCUCUGUUUGGGACCAGGAAUUCCUGAAAGUUGACCAAGGAACACUUUUUGAGCUUAUUCUGGCUGCAAACUACUUAGACAUCAAAGGUUUGCUGGACGUUACGUGCAAGACUGUUGCCAAUAUGAUCAAGGGGAAGACUCCUGAGGAGAUUCGCAAAACCUUCAACAUUAAGAAUGACUUUGUUGCCAAGCUUACCAAGAUUGUGGCGUCUCCAGAGAGUACGCACUUCUCCGGUACUCCGUGA